AUGUACGACAUGUGCGGCGAGAAGCUCAGAAGAAGCGCAGGACGAGGUCCGAAAAGGGGCAAGGAGGCGAGGAAAGACGCCGGCGACCUGACCACGUCUCGCGGAAACGGGAAAUUCCUUGAAAUAGACGAUAUGAUUGAGCUGUACAUGGAAAUUUCUGAAAAUUUGUUUUUCUGCAUGCAUCAUGCUCAGGCCUCAUCUGACGUGAAGGACGAUGCUGUCGUUGCUAUGAUAACAAUCCUUCGAAAGCACACCCACAAGCACAGAGGCGAACGGAUGUUGAGGAAAUUCCGGAUGACAGCUCUUAACAGAAAAAAGGUUAGCCCUACUCCAACCGACAUCCGAACUCGUCUUUGGGGUGAUCCGUUGGAGUGGGGUCCAAAACAACCAUUACGUUUAUCGUAG